AUGAAACAAGGUUGAGGGUUGGAGUAAUAUGGAACAGGGCUGAGGGUUGGAGUGGAGUUGGAGUAAUAUGAAACAAGGCUGGGGGUUGGAGUGGAGUUGGAGUAAUAUGAAACAAGGCUGGGGGUUGGAGUGGAGUGGAGUAAUAUGGAACAAUGCUGAGGGUUGGAGUGGAGUUGGAGUAAUAUGGAACAAGGCUGAGGGUUGGAGUGGAGUUGGAGUAAUAUGGAACAAGGCUGGGGGUUGGAGUGGAGUUGGAGUAAUAUGGAACAAGGCUGGGGGUUGGAGUGGAGUUGGAGUAAUAUGGAACAAGGCUGGGGGUUGGAGUGGAGUUGGAGUAAUAUGGAACAAUGUUGGACUCCAUUUCAGUUGCUGAAUGCUUUCCUACAAUAUGGACUUUCAGGUCGCCUCCCGGUGCAGGUUAUGAGAAAGUUGUGAGUAAAAUAUGGUAAACUGUGAUGGUACUCUCUGUCUGUGUGUUUCCAGACCCAGAGAAGGACACUGGAGAGCCGGGGGGGAACGGGAUGUCCCAGGGGAUACUGAGCAGUCAGCACCUCUACCCCUGUCCUGUAUGUGGCAAGGUGUUUGGCAGACAGCAGACCCUGUCCAGACACCUGUCUCUACACACAGAGGAGCGAAAGUAUACGUGUCACCUGUGUCCUUAUGCAGCCAAGUGCAAAGCCAACCUCAACCAGCACCUGACCAUCCACUCUGUCAAGCUGGUCAGCACCGACGCAGAGCAGAUGGUCAGCGCCGUCACCACCGCUGAGGGACGAGACGGGAGGACCUUCCCCUAUUACUACAGCUGCCAUGCGUGUGGUUUCCAGACGGGGCUGAACGCCCAGUUCGUCAGCCACAUGUCUCUCCACGUGGACAAGGAGCAGUGGAUGUUCUCUCUGUGCUGCAGCGCCUGUGACUACGUCUGUGUGGAGGAGAGUGACAUGAAGUCCCACGUCAGUCACGGACACACAGGUCUGAACUCGCGGAGCCCCCUCAGUGAGACUAAGAGCACCUCCUCCUCCCUGUCGGCCCUCAGCGAUUCGCUGAACAGCUCAGAGGGUGGAGAACUUACCCAUGCCAAUGAGGAGCUCAAGAACCUGCUGGCCCCUCCCUCCUCUGCAGGCAGCCAAUCCAGCUCCAGCAGCCACUCGGGAUCAGGAACUGAAGAGAAGUCUGAGAAAGGCUUCGAGUGCGUCUUCUGCAACUUUGUGUGCAAGACGCGGACCAUGUACGAGCGCCACCUCCAGAUCCACCUGAUCACGCGCAUGUUCGAGUGCGACGUGUGCCACAAGUUCCUGAAGACGCCCGAGCAGCUGCUGGAGCACAAGAAGUGCCACACCGUCCCCACCGGAGGGCUCAAGUAAGGAAAGCAAGUACAGACAGAGGUUCCUACUCCACCACCCCCCCACCCUACCCUACCCCGACUCCUCCCUCACACACGUACAGACGCGCAGCCAGACGGUAACCCACUGACCGACUGACUAUAGCAUGCACAUUAAGUAUGUACAUUAAGUCGAAAACACACGUGUAAGACCACAUGCAUAAACAUAAUACACACGCAGUCUGAACUGUAAAUGUGUGCAUGCAUUCAGCCACACUUUCAAACUAGAUGACGUCAACACACAGACACUGUCCAACACAUUUGCAUGCAUAGGACAUCUAGCUCACUGAAGCUAUUAAGACAUCCACAGAGUAAAUAUAAACCCCUAUUACACUCACAGCCCUAGAUACCAAACACUGUCCCCCUCUGACCCAAUGCUCCUAUACCCCUAUAGGAGCCUCUGUUGUA